AUGAUUAUGUAUCGGGACCUCAUCGGACGCAAUGAGAUGUUCUCCGACAUUUACAAGACCCCGGAGAUGGCGGGGUUGCUGUGCCUGGAGGCGGAGGGCAGGAUGGUCAGUAGAGCAGAGAGUAACACUGAUGAGUCGCUCAUUGGUGGAAAUGCCUCCGAUGAAGGCCCGGAGGGCAAAGGUACCCAAAGCCCGGUAUUCACUGGUGUUGAUAUUGUUAGGAACCAUCACAUGCAGGAAACCAGCUUCACAAAAGAGGCCUACAAGGAGCACAUCAAAGAUUAUAUGAAAUCAAUCAAAGGCAUACUUGAAGAACAAAGGCCAGAAAGAGUAAAACCCUUAAUGACAGGGGCUAUAGAACAAAUCAAGUACAUCCUUACUAAUUUCAAAAACUAUCAGUUGUGUGUGUGUAUGUGUGUGUGUGUGAACAUGAACCCAGAUGGCAUGGCUGCUCUCCUGGACUAUGGUGAGGAUGGUGUGACCCCAUUUAUGACAUUCUUUAAGGAUGGUUUAGAAAUGAAAAAAUGUUAA